UGAAAGGUGAAAAUUCACGGUAACACCAUUAACAGUAUUUGCCACCCAAUAACUUGCCAGGGGAUUGCAUAGUGCUUCAAUCACAAGACGAAAACCAACUUCUAACUUUAACUUAAUAAAGACAUAAGAGGAUUUUUGGAAGACACCAACAUUUUCGUUGAUUUGUACAACACUAUUAAACAUGCUACGGCAUUGGGUAAACAUGUUGGUACACUGGUUCGUAUACUAUGUACGUCCACAUAUUCUGGGCUUCAUCAGUUCCAGAGAAGUGAGUCUGGCUGACACGUUCCGAUGCAAUAAUAAUAUUAAAAACCGAACCUGGAGAAUCCCCGAACUAUGUAAAUAUCUUUACGAAAAAUAUGGGAAAUUGGUGCAUCUCCAUUUAUUAGGACAACGGGUCUUAAUCGUAACCGAUUUUAAGAUUGCCUCCUCGCUGAUGACAAAUCAUGGACAUUGUUUGAGACAACGAUUUGGGAAUCAAUUUGGUCUACAAAAUCUGAAUAUGCACUUGACCGGCCUGAUAUGGAACAAUAAUGUCCAACAGUGGAAACAGAAUCGGAAUGUUUUUGAGUCGACCCUAAAAUGUGGAACGAAACAUCUUGAAGCCCUGGCUCUGUGCCAUUUGGAAACUCUUGAGAAAACAACGCUCAAGAUCGCAGAGCCAGUUACAAUGCUUGAGUUAUUAAGAAAUUUUACGCUUUCCAUGACAAUGGAGGGACUCUUUGAAAUCCCGAUGCCUAUCGAUGCACAAGACAAAUACGAUUGGCGUGAGGAGGCUAAGACAACAGUGGCCAACUAUUUUAAGGCUUGGGAGUUCUUUUUACUCAAUCCCAAUUCGCAGAGUCUAGCAGAAAAUAAUUUACACCAAAGCGCAUGCCGCAAAAUGCUUCUAUUUGCAAAGGAAAUAUUUGCUGAAUCGGAAGAAAUCGGAAGCUCUAAUUUCAUUUCCCAUCUGUCGCAUUGCAAUGACAACAAUGGAAUAUUUCAAUGUAUAGCUGAAAUGCUAUUGGCCGGCACUGACACAUCGUCCAUCACAAUGUUUUACACUUUGCUGUUCCUUGCAGAUUUCCCGGAAUGGUCCAAUAAAGCAUCCCGAAUCAUUCACUCGGAAUCGCAAGAAGCAAUAGAUAAGGAAAUCAAUCAUCUUUACUAUGAAUCCAUGCGUCUCAUACCGGUCGGUCCAGUAAUAUUGCGUCAAUGUGAACAUGACAUUGAAGAUGGAAAUGGUGUGAGUCUGAGACGAGGAGACGGAAUAAUUUUUAAUAUUUCCGGUAUGAAUCGAGCGAAUUACGAUCAACCGGAAAAAUUCAAUCCCAACCGGUACGAAACGGAAUGCUUUCCACUUUCAUUUGGAGUCGGGAAAAAAUCUUGCGUUGGCAAAACAUUUGCAGAGAGGGAGAUGAAAUUGUUCUUCACUUGGUUCCUCAAGAGGUACAUCGUAUUGGGUCAUCAAGCUGAAAUGAUUAGCUUACUCGAAACCAGGUGGGAUGUGGCCAAUGCUCCAGUGCAAGACAUAAAGCUAACAAUUUUCCCAAGGAAACUCAUUUACUUUAUUGGUGACCAUGGAACUGGCAAAUCAAGCGUAAUGGAUGCGUUCGAAGCUGCGUAUCCGAGAAUUAAAAUCAUACGUAAGGAGCAAGUACUGACAAGGCAGCGGCAGGAGAAAUGUUCAAUCCAACAAGACCAUCCUGAAAAUGGUGAUUUGCAAUCAGCAGUGUUGGAUGCUCACACUCAAAUUUUGAACACUUUCAAGUCAGAACUGGUCCUUAUUGAAAGUUCAAUUCUGGACUGCCUCAUUAAGGCAAAGGGUAAGGGUAAGACAUGCCAUUACAAUAAAAUCGAAUUGCUUCGUCCAAUGAAGAAAUGUUUGGCUGUGUAUUUUCCAAUGUUUGAGGAAAAUCAGCAUGGAAAGCAGGGAACAAACAAGGGCUAUUUCGAUAUAAUGGAACGGGCAGGCUGUAAAAGUCAUACUUUGAAAGCGAGAUCGGUAUCGGGCCGUUACGAAGAAGUAAUGAAUUUUAUCAGAAAGUGCUCGUCUUAGUGCACGGAGAUUGGCUUUUAUUAUAAGAACUUUAUU